CUAAUAAUAUCUUGCGAUCAAGUUUUGAAGUAUUCUAAACACUUUAGCUUUGAAUACUGAAUGAUUGCGUUUGACAAUUUGACUGAUCUUCAGAAAUUUGACUUCAGAACUUUUCAGUAAUUUUUUUUUCUUUUCAAUAACAGAAAAAAAGAUAUAUUCAAGGACCUUUAAUUAAGAAAUCAUAUCAUCAUGCGUGAGUGUAUUAGCAUCCAUGUUGGACAAGCUGGGGUUCAGGUGGGAAAUGCCUGUUGGGAACUUUAUUGCUUGGAACACGGUAUUCAGCCUGAUGGACAAAUGCCUAGUGAUAAGACUGUUGGUGGAGGUGACGACUCUUAUAACACUUUCUUCAGCGAAACAGGAGCAGGAAAACAUGUCCCUAGAGCCGUUUAUAUUGACUUAGAGCCUACAGUUGUGGAUGAAGUUCGCACAGGUACAUAUAGACAGUUGUUUCAUCCUGAACAACUGAUCACAGGCAAGGAAGAUGCUGCUAACAACUAUGCCAGAGGCCAUUACACCAUAGGCAAGGAACUCAUUGAUUUGGUCUUGGAUAGAUGCAGGAAACUGGCCGAUCAAUGUACUGGACUGCAAGGCUUUCUAAUCUUUCACAGUUUCGGUGGUGGUACAGGAUCUGGGUUCGCUUCUCUUCUUAUGGAGAGAUUGUCAGUGGAUUAUGGGAAGAAGUCAAAGUUGGAAUUUGCAAUUUAUCCAGCGCCACAAGUCUCCACAGCAGUUGUUGAGCCUUAUAAUUCGAUUUUAACCACUCACACAACGCUGGAGCACUCCGACUGCGCUUUCAUGGUUGACAAUGAAGCCAUUUAUGAUAUCAGUCGCCGAAAUCUGGACAUCGAGAGACCCACCUAUACUAAUUUGAAUCGAUUAAUCGGCCAAAUUGUUUCAUCGAUUACUGCGUCGCUGAGAUUUGAUGGCGCUUUGAACGUGGAUUUGACUGAAUUUCAAACUAAUCUGGUACCUUAUCCCAGAAUCCAUUUCCCUCUAGUAACAUAUGCACCAGUGAUAUCUGCAGAGAAAGCCUACCAUGAGCAACUGACAGUUGCGGAAAUAACUAACGCAUGUUUCGAACCUGCAAACCAGAUGGUUAAAUGCGAUCCAAGGCAUGGGAAAUAUAUGGCGUGCUGUUUACUGUAUAGAGGAGAUGUUGUACCUAAAGAUGUAAAUGCUGCCAUUGCAGCUAUUAAGAGUAGAAGAACUAUUCAAUUUGUGGAUUGGUGCCCCACUGGCUUUAAGGUCGGCAUCAACUACCAGCCACCAACUGUUGUACCCGGCGGAGAUCUUGCUAAAGUUCAAAGAGCUGUUUGCAUGCUUGCUAAUACAACGGCUAUCGCUGAAGCUUGGUCCAGACUCGACCAUAAAUUCGACCUUAUGUACGCCAAGCGUGCUUUCGUGCACUGGUACGUCGGUGAAGGGAUGGAAGAAGGAGAAUUUUCGGAAGCUAGAGAAGAUUUAGCAGCCCUCGAAAAGGAUUAUGAAGAAGUGGGACUAGAUUCCACAGAAGGUGGAGAAGAAGAAGGAGAGGAAGAGUAUUAAAUUUUUCAUUCGUUUUUUGAAAAUUUAAAUUUUUUCUGGAAUAUACAACAAUCUUAUUCUUAAUUUAUUCUAAAUUUUUUGUGCAAAGUUUUGGAAGUAUUGCUUUUAUUCAAAACUGAAGAUUUUUCAGACAUCAUUUCAGAUUUUAAAUAGUGACAUUUUAAAUUUCAGAUUUUUCAUUGUAAUGAAAAGUAUAUUGUUUGCAACUUAUUACAAUUUAAAUUAAAUAUUCCAUCUCAUCAUUUUAUUAACAUCAUUCAGAUUAUACUAAAUUUUCAACGUGUGUUUGCUUUUAGGCUUACAUUUUAUGUGCAUAUUUGAAUAAAAUAUUAAAUUUUUCUAA